AUGCCACCAUGGUCCAUGAUCUCGCCUGCCUCGCGAGGCAUUGGCUUCGCGCUUGCCAGAAGAGUACUCCAGACCACCAAUGCGCCUGUUGUCGCGACGGCGCGUAAAGAUCUCGAUAGGACGAAAGAGCAGCUCCUUGAAGGGUUAGAUGUCGACGAGGCACGGCUGAAGAUGCUUAAACUCGACGUUACGGACGAAUCAACAAUUGCAGAUGCAGCCGCCGUAUGCAAGGAGAAGUUUAAGCCAGGAGACCAUCGGCUCCAGCUUGCGUUCUUCGUCCCAGGAUUGCUCUUCCCUGAAAAGUCGCCAGCUCAAAUCGAUGCCAGAGAUGCGCUGCUAACCUUCCAAACCAACACGCUAGGGCCGAUGCUCAUGAUCAAGCAUUUCUCAUCAUUCUUGCCCAAGAAAAGUGCGUCGUUUGAGGAGGACGUGGAGGCUAUGAAGGGACUUCCAGCUGCCGCAAGCAUGGCGAUCAUGUCUGCCCGUGUGGGUAGCAUAUCAGACAACCGCCUUGGGGGCUGGUACAGCUAUCGCGCGUCAAAAGCUGGUGUCAAUCAGGUAGCAAAGACAUUCGACAACCACCUACGAACUGCGUCUGGCGACAAAGCCAUUUCAAUUUCUCUGCACCCUGGCACGGUCAAGACCGAGUUCAGCAAAGAAUUUUGGGGCGGUGUUAAAGAGGAUAAGCUCUUCGAGAAAGAGUUUGUCGCAGAGCGGCUCGUGGAUGUGGUCAAGCAGGUAGGAGUGGAUGGACGAGGCAAGUGCUGGGACUGGGAUGGCAAGGAAGUGCCGCCUUGA